CCCCUCCUCCAAGCGCAAACUCUGAAACUUUAUAAAGGACAGCGAACUUUAAGAAAGCAAGAUAAAGAACCAUCUCUAAGGUCCGGCUGUAACUUUCUGCUUGUGUGAGGAAUGGGAUACACCCACAGCAAAAAUUCACAUACAGUCGCUCAUUACACAAAGGGAACUAUCAUUCUGUACGUGGAUGCUGUGCGAGAACACUAAAAGAGAAAGAAAAGAGCAAAGCCGGAGAGCUACAAGACAAAAACAGAGUGUGAGGCGUCAAAGCGAAGGAGGAAAGCAGAGGAAGGAAACCAAAAACUGUAAGAAAACAGAGGACAAUUGCUGUGGGCAGAAGAAAGAAUGAGGAAGGCAAAGCAUGGAGACUGAAAGGAGAGACUGACGGCUGAAUGAUAGACAAGAAAGAGACAGAAGAACUAUGUUGGGAAACAUCUGACCAUUUUACCUCACACCCCGUUGACUUUUUAUUGUGCUUCAUUUAUUUUCACAUGCUGGAAUUCGGUGGGAUGUGGUCACAAGGACCUGUGUACGAGAUGAUUGAGCUGAAGACUCUACAGCCAUGCAAUGGACAAGACCUGACCCAAAGUGGUGGGCACCGCUUGGAACGCACCAACGCAGUCAGGAUCCCGCCAGGCAGGACUCCUCCAGUUUUGCAGCGAAGUCUUCGCAGGAGAGUUCUUGGAGGGGUAAAAGACAACCCACCUGGAAGGGUGGGAGAGGGACACUACUUCAAACCUACCACCCACACUCAAUACACCUGGUGUGACCUCUGCGGUGACUUCAUAUGGGGCAUGUACAGGAAAAGCCUAUGCUGCGUUUACUGCAGUUUUACGUGUCACUAUCGCUGCCGUGCCCUCAUCCGAUUAGACUGCAGCAGAAGAACAGACUUAGAGACAGACAAUGAUUCUGGGCAAGAGACUGCAUGGGAAAAAGACACUAAUGUGGACGAGAAGCCUGAAAAGGAACCGCCGGCCCUGAGCCAGAAAGAAAUCGAACAGAAGAUAAAGCAUUAUAACUCGCAGAUAAAGAGUAACCUCUUCAUGAGUCUGAACAAGGACGGAUCCUACACCGGAUUUAUCAAAGUUCAGUUGAAACUUGUGCGGCCGGUUUCUGUCCCUGCCUCUAAAAAACCAUCAACCGUGCACGACCGGAGAAGUGCCGGCAAGUCCCAGCCCGUGAAGCGCAGGACUUCUUUUUACCUCCCAAAGGACGCCUCCAAACACCUGCAUCUGAGCUCGCGCACGCCCGCCAGCGAAGUCAUCCAGGCUCUCCUGCGCAAGUUCACCGUGCUUGACAACCCUCGGAAGUUUGCCCUGUUUCAGCGGACGGACAAGGACGGGCAGGUGUGCUUGAGAAAGUUAUCUGAUGACGAGGAGCCUUUGAGGCUGCGGCUGCUCUCUGGACCUUGUGAGAAGACGCUAAGCUUUGUCCUGAAGGAGAAUGAGACUGGAGAAGUUAAUUGGGACGCUUUUAGCAUGCCAGAGCUGCAGAAUUUCCUGCGCAUCCUCCAGCGGGAGGAAGAAGAACACGUGAGACAAAUCAUACAGCGCUACGACCGCUGUCGGCAGAAGAUGCAGGAGACGCUGGCGCUGCAUACACCUGGCUGAAGCUCAUCUUACUCCGACAAGGAAAAGCGAGCAUGAAGCCAGCGAGACUGAUCCCGAAGACGCGAGCAUUGUAUGACUGAAGACUGAGUGUGGGUUGAAGAACUCCCCCCCUCCGGAGUGCAGGGGCAGAUCAACCCCCCUAGGAGAGAUGUGAGUGAGCAGAAGAGUGCGUGUCUGCGUGGGACAGGAGGAGGUGCAUCUAUGGCUGAGUGAGAUGCACGAUGUGCGAGAGACCUGAAAGUGAUACGAAGUUAUUAAGUGUCACUUAAUGGAGGACUGACAGCUGUGAAGCUGAUACAAGAAGAGCAAUUAUUUUUGUGUUUAGAGCUUUGUUUUGUUUGUUUCUAUUUGUUUGUUUUUUUUCCUUUCCUUUUUGUUUGUGUCAUCUUCUGGCUUUGAUGAGCCUGUGAUAGACUUUGAUAAGUAAAUCUAGAAUUCUAAUAUCUGAAGUAUGUCAGUGAAGCACGUUGGAGGUGGUUGUAUGUUGCUCAGAGAUCUUUUUUUGUGUUUUCAUUGUAUAUGGUACACACAUAAAGAUUUUUGCUAUGACAUCA